UUAUACAAUCUCAUCUUUUAUUGAAAUAUGUUUGUAGAAUUAUUGAUCUAUUGUACAACUAAGUAACAUGUUUUUUGUAUCAAACCCAUUUUGAAUUUUAUUGUCCCUCUAGUGAAGAUGGUCUGGAUUUUUGGGGCGGCUCAUGCAGGUGAAAUACCUUUGAAUCAUGAAAGCAACUCACAAGACUAAUGUAGAUUUUUUACUUUGGCAUGUGAAAUCAUUUCUUUUAUGGACACGGUAUGUACUAACUUAAAAACCUUUUUGCAGUCAUCAGGAUAUUUGUGUUGGGACCUGUACCAUUUUAGUUUUGUCUUUCUUCAAUAAAGCAGUGGUGUGUCUAUAUUGAACUGAAACUUGAAUUUAAUGUCUGGAACAUGCUAGACUGGGCUCUUAGUCAAUUAAGUGAUGCAGAGAAGCUGUAUAAACAACUAGCGCAUUUAAAAUCAAGGCCUAGGCAAAAAUUUCAAUGUAAUGGUUUCCUGGGACUUUUUGGACGAAAGGUUGAUGUUGUAGAUCACACUGAGAAGAGGUUACAAGAUUUGGAAGAGAAUGUUAGAAUGCAACAAUCAGAUGUUUCAUUGAUAGGAGAGGUAUAUUGCUAUUGGAGAUGAACCAUUACUCCAAAACUAUGGAGAACAGUUCAAGUCCUUUAUCGUUGGCGUAGCAACAACAACAGGCACAUUUGAGACU